UGGACCACAACUCAACUUAAAAAAAGAAAGCAGAAAAGAAAACAUAUGAGUUUGCUAUAAAUAAAGCUUCGGAUUCUCAAGUUUGAUAUGCAUCGAUCCAAAACAAACACAACUUGGGAUUUGAGAACAUGGGGUCUCCUGUGAGAAUAGCUGUGCUAGGGUGGUCGGACACAGUAGCAGAUUACGGACUGUUCAUGCUGAUGACUUACUUGACAGAGGCUUGGAGCUUCAAUUUCAGGCAUGCUGCGGCCAUUGUCAAUGUCUUUUGGGGCUUCGUCGCCAUACUCCCAAUUGGACUCAGAUUUCUCAAGACUCGAAAACAUAUCCCUGACCGUUGGAUGCUUUUCAUUUCCAGCUUAGCCUAUCUUCUUGGAUUAGGGCUCUUGACAUUCUCAAGCCCAAAAUCAGAAUCUGGAAAAAUGGAUAGUUGGGAAGCAGAGUAUGCAAAAUAUGGAGUGAAGCAAGAGACAUUGUUGUAUGCCUCAUUACCUCUGAUAGUUAUAGCUAAAUCUGGCUAUGCAGUGUCAUUAAAACAACUCAUCACUGAUGAAAUACAAUCAAGUGGCAUAUCUGAUAAAAUCAUCCACUUUUCCUUGAGCAUCGGAGCUUCUUUUCUGGUAAAUGUGUUUGGAUAUGCAAUGUCUUAUGCAAUAAAGGAAUGGGUAACAAGGUUUGGAAUCCCAGCACUGUGUAUGGUAGUUGCAACCCUAGUUUUCUUGACUGGCUUUCGUUCCUAUGGUCGAGAAACUACACAAGAACCAAGUCUCUAUGCUAAAGUCUAUAAUCAUUUUCAUAUGCUCCUCACUGACAUUAUUAAGAGAAUAACUUUCUUGCUUCACCUCUUCAUAAAGAUUGCCUUGUGCCCUUUAAGGUUAUGUUGUUGCUGUUUUUCUAAGAAAGCUGAAGAGAACACUCAAGAACAACUGUCACCAGAGAAAAAAACAGAAACAAUAACAAGAGUAGAAGAAACCAAAUUCCUCAUAUCACUAUUUCCAAUAUGCUUGUUAGGGUUGGUAUCUUCCUUGGGAAAUACUUAUUUUCUUGAGCAAGCAUACUCUAUGGAUCGUAAAAUCAUAGGAAAUUUAAAGGUACCUCUAGUCAUACUCCUAAGCGUCUACAAAAUCGCCAACUAUUUGUUCCCAAAACUAUAUUUCGACAUUGUAGAUUCUUGGAUUCCUUCUGGCUGCACAAGUUUAAAAAAGGCGCUCCACCGCAUUGGAAUGGCGCUAUCGUUACUAUGUGCCUUGCUAUGUUGUGUCAUUGCUGCUGAAGUUGAGAGCAAGAGAAUUGGCAUCAUCAACAAACGUGAUCAUGCAAUAGACAUCAACCAACCAGCUGAGAUGAAUCUACUUUAUCUUGUUCCACAAUUUUUUCUUCUUGGAGGGUUUUUUGGGAUGGCAUAUGAAAGCAUUGAGAGGUUCUUUAAGGAUCAUGAAAUCCCUGCUAGUUUGGAACCAUACAUGGUUGAUUCAGCAGUUGGUGUGUUUGGAUUAGGGAACAUUGGCAGUGUCUUAUUAGUUUAUUUAGUAUCAAAGUGUACGUGGGCAAAAGAAGGUAGAAGUUGGUUUAAUGAAAGUAUAAAUACUAGUCGUUUGGAUAAGUAUUAUUGGCUUCUAAGUGUGUGGACAGCAAUCAAUAUAGUUUGGUACUUAUUUGUGUCACUUCUAUAUCGUCCUAAAGAGAAACCUACAACACCGACAAGAUCAUUAGAAGAGGAAGAAGAAGAAUUGUGUCCUUUGAAUAAGUUGGCCAGGAAGUAUUGUAUUUUUCUCAAAUGUUUGCCUGAAAAAUUUCCUGAUUGUUGUUGUUGCUGCUGUUGUUGCUGGUGCUGCUCAAACUCCGGUGGUGAUCCAAAGCAAGAGGUUUAUAAUAUAAGUCGUAUGGCAUGAUAGUUUUGCUUGGGAAGAAAAAACCUGGGUGUGAUAUUGUGGUUUUAGAUACUAAUCUUUGUGUGAUUUUUUUAUGAGUGUAAUUACUAUAAGUAAUUAUGAUCAUUUUGAUAUCAUUUUAAUCA